AUGAUAAUAAAGGCCAUGGUAUACUUGACCCAAACAGAAAGAGAGAUACAGCAGAAAGGCCUUGAUGUAGGGAGGUUCACAGAGGAUGUCUUUAUGUGGCAGUGGAUAGGGGAAAGCUGCUCCACUGCAGGGCUGACUUUGUAUCCUGCGGCCCUGGUUGUGCCCAGUGGCCUCCCUGGACUGGUCUUGAACCCGGCGGCUCUGGUCGUGCCCAGCGGUCGCCCGGUGCUGGUUCUGUAUCCAGCUAGCUUGGUGGUUCCCAAAGGCCGCCCCCUUCUGCCCGACUUCCCGACGCCCUUGCUUUUUUUCUUUGCAUCGUCGGGGACCUGCUCGGUGCCUUUCAUGCCUGGUAUUUUCCCGGGCGUGCGCAGGUCCCCCCCGAGAACGUCCUGUCUCUGA